AUGGAAAAAAUUGAAAUGGGAGGUCGCGGCGCAAAACGCGGAGCGUUCGUGACAUAUCAUAAACGAAUAGACUCUGUUGAAUAUUUUUAUACUUAUGACUCUAAAGAAAUUAAAAUUUACUCCGCAAAAACGGAUAAUUUUAUUAAAACUUUUAGUAUUAAAGAAUACAACAUAAUAAACAAGUUGGUUGAAGAUAGCGAAAUAAAGGAAAUUGUUUACAUUACAGAUGGUUUCUUAGAUAACGCGAGUCUUUUGGUUUGCUCGCGAACAAAGAAAAAUUUAUAUCAUUGCUUUGUUUGUGAUAUUAACAACCUCGAAUAUCAACCAUUACCGAUUAACCUUGAUUCCAUGAUACCUUCAAUUAAUGAUGUCGUCGUUUCUGAAAAAAUUGAAACCAAUGAUGAAACGCAAUCAAUUUAUGUUUUCAUCUUUGCUUCAGUAAUUGGAUUGUCAAUCUAUUGGUUAACAUAUAAUCCUUAUAAUCAACACAACUUUAAUUUCAUAAGAGAUCUUAAUGUAAAAUUAUCCACCAGAGAUUCUAUUACAGCCGUGAAUACGUAUAGUAGUAAAUUGAAUGAGGGAUUUGAUGACAAACAUGGUUUUUAUAUAAUAGCAGGAGGUGUACAGGGAAAUAUAGAAUGUUUUGAGAUAAUGAAUGAUGGAUCAGAUUAUAAAACAUUUUCAAUUCCAAUGUUGAAAUUGGUUGGAACCUCAGAUCCGGUACCACCCGUCACUCACAUAGUUAUACGGACUCUGAGUGAUUUGAAAGAGCGUUUAAUAUUCGUCGGGUAUGGUAAACUUAAUUCUCGAAUUUUUAAUAGAUCUCCUUUGGCUCGGCUUGAUAGAAUUCCAGUAGUACGAAUUGCAAGAUUAUCGUUCAAUCAUGGAAAGUUAGAUUGGAAUGAGAUCGAUGUAGUCGUCGGAAAUCCUGGAGCUGACGUUACGAGAGGUGAAAUCAUCUCCAUGUUCGUUACAUCAGCUGACACAGAAUACAAUUUAUAUGUAGCAUUGGAUAUGUACUAUAGGCCAAAUAACUAUCGUUCUCUUGAUGGUAUAGAGGUGACACAUUACAAAGUAAAAAAUUUAAAUUGCGUCACAUCGACCUGGCAUCGUAUAGAUUCACUUUGUAGAAAAUCUUCAAAUCUUAAUGAAGUUCCUCUCUUAGAUAUUUGUGCGGAUCAAAAUAAUCGACGCCUUAAACUUCUUUUGCCCAAUGAUGUUGAAUGGUAUCAAAUCUCACCUCUACCUAAAGAUGAAAGUGAUGAUGAUGAUGGUAUACCAUCAUUCGAGAGAUGGUUUGAAAAUUUGGAAUUUAAUCAAAUUGCACCGUACAACAUUGAAUCCAUUAAAGACAUUGAAGCUCAGCGUGAAAAGUAUGAAAAUGAGCUUAUGGUUGACUUAUUACUUGAAAGAGAAAAAAUUGAUAAAUUAUUUUAUCCACCUGAAAGUUUACAUGAUUUGAAACAAUUAUUUGAAGAAAUAUUUAACAAUAAUGAAGAAGAUUUGGUUUGGAAAUAUGGUAUAAUGUAUUAUUUGUUGAGGGAUUGGAGCUUUAUUCCAAGACUAUCACAAAAAUUUAUCGCGCGAUAUUUGACUUUAUCACAGGAUAUGCAAAUAUUUGUUGAUGGAUGUUGGGAAUUAGAUCAUGAAAGAUUUGAUGAGGCUGUUAGAUGUCUUUCUGAUCCGAUUGUAAAAAAUUUACUAUCAAAGUUUCCAAGAAUUGAUGAGAAGAUCAUGAGAAUUUUCUUAAUCUCCUCAUGUCCAGAUCACGCACUAAAAUAUUCUCAUUUCCGUUGUAUAGUAAAAAGUUCAACGGAAAUAAUGGAACUUUAUAUUGAGGCAUUGAUACGUAAUAGUAUUAUAAAUACUAGUGAAGCUUUAAAGUUUGCACGACAAAACAAGUCAGAUGAUGAUGAAAGCGUUAGUAGGCGGCUUUUGACAAAAAUAUUAGAUAUUUGUGUUGUAGAGGAUAAGACAGAAACGCAGGUAUAUGAAAAGGAAUUGUUGAGUUUACCAUUGAAUGAUUAUGAAGAAAAGUUCGUAUUGAAAUAUUGGGAGGAAAGUAAGGAACCAAAACUGUUAUGGUUUUACAUCAAGGAACUUGUAAAAAAUGAAAAUUAUAGAGAAUCACUCGUAUAUUUUCGAGUUUAUAAAUGGUUCAAGGAGACGUGUUUGAAUAUGCAGUUGACGAAUGAUGAGAUACAACUGGGUGUGAGCACUGAAGCGAAGAAAAAUGAGGAUGAUUCUGAUGAUGAAGAACUCGAGGAUGACAUGAAAGAAAAAUUAAAUCAUUACAAAAGGUUAUUUAUAGGUAUCCAAUCGUUCAGCGAUCAGAUGGGAAUUGAUUUGGAAUCAGACAAGUUCAAAUACAAAUCACAAGAGGAAGCGAAGAAACGUAAACGACAGGAAAGAGAAAAAUAUUAUGAACAACAUGGGGUGAAAAGAGAUAAGGUCGUACCGUUACUUAAAAACCGGUCGCCUCUCUCAGCAUCGAAUUAG